UUUGAUGAAUUUUGAGGGGCAGGGGCAGGGGCAGGGCGGAGCGGAUCAUGGAAUCUGCGGCGGACGAGGACGGCGCGGCGUCGUCGUCCGGAGGUCAUCCGGCGGCGGCGGCGCAGCAGGCGCCGAGUCGGUACGAGUCGCAGAAGCGGCGGGACUGGAACACGUUCCUGACGUACCUGAGGAACCACACGCCGCCGCUGGUGCUGGCGCGGUGCAGCGGGGCGCACGUGAUCGAGUUCUUGCGGUACCUCGACCAGUUCGGGAAGACGAAGGUGCACGCCGCGGGCUGCGCCUUCUACGGCCAACCGAGCCCCCCGGGGCCCUGCGACUGCCCGCUCCGCCAGGCCUGGGGCUCCCUCGACGCCCUCAUCGGCCGCCUCCGCGCCGCCUACGAGGAGGCCGGCGGCAUACCGGAGACCAACCCCUUCGCCGCCCGCGCCAUCCGCAUCUUCCUCCUCGACGUCCGCGAGAGCCAGGCCAAGGCCCGCGGCAUCCCCUACGAGAGAAAGAAACGCAAGCGCCACCCGCCCGCCUCCUUCCCUGCCUCUGCUUCCGCCGCUCUCAGCUGCGGCAGCUCCGGCGAUGGUUCCGGUGCCGCCGCCCCCUGAUGAGAGACCCCUCUACUACUUCUUAGGAGAGAGGGUUGGAUACCUACAUGAUGCCUAACAUUUGCUGUAAGCUCAAGAGGAAAAGGACUCAUUCAAAUUAAAUUUGCAAGCAGAAGAAACAGAAAGAGCUACGUACGGAGUUUAUCAUCUUGUCGGACUAGAUUGGAGAUGACUAGACCUAUAUAUCGUGUGAUCGUAUACCAAAGUUGGAUGGUAGUUCGGAACAAUAGAACAUGCCAUAUUGAUUAGUAACAUGUUUAAUGUACCGUAUAGUCCGAGUCUGUUUCAUCUAA